CGUGUCAAAAGAAACCGGGCAACAGUUGAAGGAAAAAAUUGUUCGUGUGAGUUUCAGUUCGUAAUUGGUCAUAUAAUUAGUAAUACGCUUGAUUGAUUGAAUUCGACUGCUUUUCAAAGUAGAUUUAGAAUUAUAUUGUUUUGUAUUGGCACCAUUUUAAUUGUGUUUUUUUUUUUGGGAGGAGUAAAUAUCAUUUUAACAAAACAUGGUGAUCAAUGAUAUUCAAGACAAUGGUGACAUCGAUCAAUCGACCGAAAUAUUACAACUGCUUAAUGAUAUAUGCAUGAACAACGAACAUGCCGACGUGUCGUUCAUCGUUGAAAACACCGAAAUACCAGCGCAUAAAAUGAUUCUAUCGCUACGGAGUUCCUAUUUCCAUUCAUUGUUUUGUGGUGGUUUUGCCGAAGCAAAACAAGCUGAAAUUAAGUUAGAAGUUCCGUUGGACGCAUUUAAAGCGAUUUUGAAGUACAUUUAUACUGGAUGCUUAUCGCUCGCCGCUUUGGAAAGUCAUCAAAUAAUCGAAAUUUAUGACCUAGCCGAACAAUAUGGAUUCGAUACAUUGAAUAAGAUUAUUUUGGAGUAUUUAACAGUCAAUCUGACGUCGGACAACUGCGUUUCAAUUUUAAAUGCGGCUUAUUUAUAUUCUUUGGAUGAUUUGCAAGCUGCGUGCAUGAACUUCAUCGAUUUCAAUUCGACCGAAUUACUUGAUCACGACACUUUCAACGCGUUAUCACUCACGUCUUUGUGCACUGUAUUGAAGCGUGAUACAUUCUACGCGCUGGAGAUUGAUAUUUUCAGAGCAAUUUGCAAUUGGUCAACAAAUAACCCAGAUACUGAUAUAAAAGUAGCACUCUCAACAGUACGGUGGACUGAAUUGAGCAUGCAUCAAUAUUUAAACAUCGUUAUUCCUAGCAACAUUUUAGAUCCAACGCAACUGCUGCAAGUGAUGAUCGCAUCGAGUAACACAGGAGGCCGCAUUCAGUGUCGCAAUUCGAGUAAAAAAGUCUUUGAAAAAGACGUUGAGGAAAAUAUUGCAACCGCUGAAUAUGGUGCGAAGACGAUUUCUGGUGAAAAUCCAUCGGCACUUUUGAGUGGUAAUUUUACGGAUUAUGAUGUGAACAAAGGUAGUACAUUUCAUCCCGUAAAUGCAAACCGAAUUCAUGACGGUGUUCGGCAACAGCCACUGGAUUCGUGCAUAAUCGUCGACUUGGGAAAAUUGCGAUUCAUAAACAAUAUCAAUUUUCUGUUGAUGGAUAAGGAUUCCCGUUCAUAUUCAUACUACAUUGAUGUAUCGCUCGAUGGAAUCGAGUACACACGGUUAUUCGAUCACACCAAGCAUUACUAUAGAUCAUGGCAAUAUUUAUAUUUUCAAUCUCGUCCAAUUCGUUUUAUCAAAUUGGUCGGCACACAAGCCACUGACAUAUUGCGGAAACGAAGUGGUUUUUGUUAUGAUCGUGGGUAUAAUUAUGCAGAUUCCUAUGAUUCAUUCGACAUUGUCGGAUUACAAGCAAUGUUCACAACUAUCAACUAUCCGAAUUUGGUUGAUGGUGUUAUGAAGCCAACGAAAAAUGUUGCAAACAUUGAACAUAGUGCGAUCGUUGUUAAAGGUGUAGGUGGGAACAACAUGUUGAAUGAGAAUCCUGAUGAAUUUACGUGCCACGAAAAAGGCUCUCAUAUUCUAUUGCAAUUCAAUCAACCGUACUACAUCGAUUCAUUGCGAAUGCUGCUUGGGAAUAAUAUGAAUCAUUUGAACAAGUAUUCAUUUUGUAUUGAGACAUCGAUGGACAAAAUAAAUUGGAAAAUGGCGGUUAAUAAGCGAAAUGAGUAUCUGUCAAAUUGGCAAGAGUUUGACUUUGAACCACAUUCGGCUAUUUUUAUUAGAAUAACUGGAACGCGAAGUGAUGUUAGUUUUAUCUGUACCUAUUUCGAAUGUCCAUGCAAUCCUCGAAGACCCAAAUUGAAGCGCCCUCUUCAGAGAUGAAAAAAGCAUUGAAGUAAUAGAAGUAAAUGCAUGAAAAGGGAAUUAUCUAUUUGAAAUCAUAAAAUAGAAUAAAACGAAUGAUAUUACAGUCUAA